UGCGUGUUUCGAGUUUAUGAUGAUGAUGAUGGCGAGUUCUUGAGCCUCUUUCUUACCUUCUUUCUGUCUCUCUACUAGUUUAUUUGAUUCAGUUAGUGUGACGGAGAGGGAUGAGUAAAGAUGGGUCGGUUAAGACUUGCUAAGUUGCCCUAUCUUGUUGUUCUGUUCCUUUAUAUCGGGAGACUAGUGGCCAUUGUACACAGUCAAAACGAGGACACUCAACAAGAUGAAGGUGGUGUUGUAAAUUCUAGAUGUUCACAUUUGAAUUCUAAAAGAAAUUGUUUUCUCGACGAUACAGAAUUUGACAGAUUAUCUUCUCUAUUAUCAAAGACAGAUAGUAUUUCUGAGACGAGUGACAUUCUCUCAGACCUUCCCUCGGCAGUCCCAGUCACGUUUGAUCCGCCUGCUCUUGAUUUCAAGGACCAGUCAGUGGGUAUGCCUGUCCUCCACACUGUUACUUUAACUAAUCCAACGAACUCUCUUACACUUCAACUCAUCUCAAUAUCAGGAACCCUCCCCGAGUUUCAUUCAUCUUUCUUUAUCGACAAAGUUUUAAGACCAGGCGAAACAACCUCUUUUGACGUCAUGUUCUUACCGCGAGUCCCUGGGGACCUUGAAGAUAUAAUCAUCAUACACUCAUCUCUUGGGAUCUUUGAGUAUAAGGUGAGAGGUGUAGGUGUGGCCAGUUUAUUUCGUUUACGGAGCCUGAGAGGAGCCCGUAUCCCUCUCAAUGCAACCUACCAACCUCUCAUAUCAAUAUAUAACCCUUUCACUGUACCACUCCAGAUAGUAGAGGUCUAUUCCUCCAGUCAGUUUAUUCACAUUGAGAUGUUGAGUGGUGCUGAUGAAGGGAAUAAAACUGCAUGGGGUAUCAGACCUUUUGAGACUAAGACAAUAGCUCGUGUCAAUUUCCACGGAGAGUCAAUAGACAAUUUCACUUCUUUUAUAAGAAUAAAAUCAAACCAUUCGUCUGAGCCAUCAAUUGUACUACCUUUUGAAGUUGAGGUUUGCCAAGCUCAUGGAUUAUUUCUUUCUCGUGAAUAUCUUGAUUUUGGAGUUGUUCGGACUGGAGCUGAAACUAAACUCUGGCUCUAUAUGUUGAAUGCUGGUCCAUAUACUGUGGAACUGAAGUCAAUGACAUUGCCAGAUGAUCUUCCAAUUGUUGUUAAUUUCACUAACAUUUCACUCAAACCUGGUCUGAAGUAUAUCCGUGUUGCUUCAUUGUCAUUUUUUGUAAAUUCAACUACCCCCGGGGGUAAAAGUACCGGAAUUAUAAAGAUAUGGGGGGAAGACCACACCUCUUUUUAUCACGUACAAGUUCCUUAUGAGGCUCAUAUUAUGAAAGGAUCCUUGGAUUAUGAUGCUGAGGCAAUGCUGUUUCGUGUUGAUGCUCCUCCAUUUUACCCAAUCAUACGCAACCUGACACUCACGAACCUUUUUGAAGACCCUGUUGUUAUUUAUUCCGCUAAACUAAGUUCUAAAGUACAGAACUGGUUCACUAUAUUAUCAUUCUCAUCUCCAUACGUAUUACCGCCUGAUGGUGCCCCUCAUACAGUUCUGGUCCUCAAGUUCAAGCCCCAGUCUUCAGACUGUCUCUUCAACACCACUCUCAGACUAUCAACCAACAUGUCAUUUUUUAACAUACCACUCCAGUGCUAUGAUGGGAGACUAGACUAUACUUUUGAGGACACUGACACUGAUGCUCUUGAGUUCGGUGUCCUCACGGACCAGGAAAGAGUUAAUAAAAUAUUCACAAUUACUAAUAAUAACCCGGUCAAAGUUGCUAUUAAUAGUAUAACAGUGCAAGAAGGCAGUAAUAUACCAGGUGUUAGUGUUGAUGCUAUUUUAUUUCCACCUCAUGAACCGAAGACAAGAACUCCGCCCAUUUUAAUGGAAGGAUUACGAAGGGGCCGAUACCCACCUCAACACGUACUGAAGCCAGGCCAGUUUGUUGUUUAUCGUGUUAAUGUUACCUGUCCAAAGAGGGCGGGGUCUUAUACUGGGGAGAUACUGAUCCACUCAUCUCUUGGGAAGGUUACUCCUGUUCCAAUAAAUUAUGUUGCGGUAAAAGGUGAAUUGACUUUUAUUCCAAACUUAAUCAAAUUUCUUCCUUCAUACCCUUGUUUAUGUUCUGUUGUUCGUCUAAGUAUAAAGAACUCGUUUACUAAACCAGUCAAACUGGUUUCACUAGUUCUGGAACCAGUUAAUAACAGUUCACUGCCAUUGAUACUACCUGAUACUCUACCUGUCCUGAAGCCAAGCACUACAACACUGAUUGGUGAGGUCAGAUUAGAUCCAUUUUCUGUUUUUGAUAAGAAGAAGCUUACAAGAAUCAAUUUAAAUUGUACGUCUUUAAUGAGUGGUCAAAGGGUUAAAAAUGAUUAUUCCCUUAUAAGGGAGUACGCACAUUUAAACUCACUUUGGAGUGUGUGGGUGGACCUCCUGCAACAGUCGUCAAGUUUACUUAAUAUUAAUUUUAAUAUUCAGUUAUUCUAUAACGUAACCAUGGCAACAGCCGGUGAUAGACAGGAAGUGACGAGUGUCCGGGGGGAGGGGUCACUUGUCUGGCCGCGGAUUGCAUCAUCUCAUACAGUCUCAUUCCCUUUAACACUGAUUGGAAACCAUACUGAAAUGAAGUUGCUAUUGCGCAAUCCUUCGCCCCACCCCCUAUACAUUCAGCCGUUAUUAUUGUCAUCGGAUCAUUCUGAGUCCUCUCAUAAGCUCUUUACACUUUUAUCGGAGAUUUAUAAACUAAAACCCUUCGCUAGUAAUUUCAGUAAAAAUUCAUUUAGUAUAUUGAGACCGGAACCAGUAAAGGGACCUGUAUUAGACCCCUUGGAUUUAAUAUUACCUCCGAGGGGGACUGGAACCUUGACUAUACGUUAUAAUCCUAUGCAAGAAUAUAACAGCAAUAAUAAUGAUAAUGAUAUAUUGCUACUGAAGAACAACCUCACUGUGUUGGACCCUGUGGUGCUAAAGGGAUCCUCUAGCCGUGGGUUCAUAACUAUUGAUGGGGUUCACCCUAGCAACGGUAACCAAGGGGGAGCCCUCCUAUUUGAAUUCACCCAAUCAAUGCUGGAAGGAUACAUCAAUGGGAUGGAAUGUGGUAUGUCCACUACUGAUCUCCUCACUCAUUGGAAGCUGUUUCAUGUUCGUAAUUCUGGCCCCGCCCCCAUCACCAUCAACAGAAUAAGUAUAGGACCUAAUGGUGGUUGCCAAGGAAACGGUUUUAAAGUAUCUAAUUGUAAGAAGCAGUUCAUCAUAUAUCCGAACAAAACACGAAAUAUUGAAAUAAGCUGCUCUCCUGACUUCACUGUCUCUCGUAUCACGUCUCCCCUGGUCCUUCAUUCAUCUAAAGGUUCUCAGGUUGAGUUCCUCCUCUCUGCUGUACUACCUCACCACAUGCUCUCGCUGUGUUACAUGGCCACACCUCCUACAGACCUAGAGUACAUGACGGCCUACCUAUCGGUCCCACUCUGGAUCAUAGCACUGCUCAUAAUGAUCAUAGUCACUGUACUACAGGUGAAGUGGCACACUAGUAAACUAUUGCAGCCUGUGGUUACUAGGGAGACAUUGGUUGUUAAGGAUGUUCCUAUUCAGCCCACUGGUGGUAAACUCUUCAGUUUCUCUGACAUUAAGAAAAUGACCAGCAAUAUAUCACUACCAAUAGCCACACCCAGCCAGCACCAGUCAGUGAAAAGACCAAUAGAAAGUGUCAUAUUCAGUGCUACUUCCAGUAGUGUCUCUUCUCUUUCAUUAUCAUCGGCCAUUAGUCCAGUGACCCUUUCACCUUUAGCCACUGCUACCUCAUCUACUGUACCAUCAUCUACCGUACCAUUGUCCACUGUUCCAUCGUCCACUGUACUGUCAGUACAUUAUGCCUCUAAACAGGAUCAGUCUGUUACUGAUUAUGAAACUGGAAUGAGACACCAAACACCUGCUACCGUUACAUGUACCACUAAACCUGACCGCACCUCCUCAACAGACUUGAGGUCACGCCCACCAGACCCCAACGUCAAGAAAGUGAAGCCGAUUCAGCGUAAGCCUUGUAAGAGUGUGACUUUGGAAAGAGGUAUGACACCUAUUGACGAUAAAGUUGAUGAGCUGUUAGUUAGAAAGGAAUCAGACGAGAGUUUACCAAAUUCUGAUGACACCAGUAGCGGAGGUAGUGUGGGCGGGUCUGUGGGUGGAGCCAGUGAGGACUUCUCUCCAGUUGAAGAACACCCUGGAGCUAAAAGGAAGACUAAACCACACCCACAAUUGCCUAAGCCCCAGUUUUCUAAGCCACACCCAUCAUACACUAAGGAACCUCUCACAGGACAAACCAUUGAAGUGAAGGAGGAGCCACAGACUGACGAGGACCUGACCACACCCACCAUUGAACUGACCACACCCCCUCACUUGAUUAAAGCCGCAAAGAGUAAAAAGAAACAGAAACAAUUGAAGAAAGAAGAUAAGCUAACCAGGAGGAGGCAGAGAGAGAGUCCUACUGUUACUAAUAAUAGUAACACUAUUGUUACUAAUAAUAGUAACGGUGUGUCUAAUAAUAGUAGCAGUAUUGUUACUAAUAAUAGUAACGGGACUGGUUUGAGAUCUAAAAGGUUUCACGGUUCUCAAGAAUCUCUCGAUAAAGAAUCAGUUGCCUCAAACUCAACCAAUUCAACUGAUAAUAACGACGAGGAACAGACUCCACCCACUCAAGAGGAAAUCCCGCCCACUCAAGAAGAGGCUCCACCCACUCAAUUGGAGACUAAAGAAUUGGAACAACACCAUAAUGACCCAAUGGCUAAUGAUAACAGAAGGGGAGGGUUUAUAUCAGAGCAACCUAUAGUACCAGUUACAGAUAUUGAAACUGAUCCUUCUCCUCCUGAUCCUGUUCUUGAGGUUGAGCCUCCACUGAAGGAGUCCAGUCCUAAGCCACGCCCUCAGAAACUAGAGCUAUCUCAAGAGGGCGGAGCCGAGGAUAUUAAAAGUGCUGAUUCAGGACCAUCGUCAGUUGAAACUGAUGGCACUACAAGGGGAGAGAGAGAGGGCGGAAUUGUUAAUAAUAAUGAGAAACAGCAGAGAAAGGAUCCACAUGAACUAGCAGCUUCAUUACUUCAAUCAAAUAAAGAAAAGAUAAUAGUUCGACGAGUUGUGAGUAACGAUGAAGGAGGAGAGAAGGGAAGCAAAAAGACAGAGCCAGUUGUGACUAGUCCUUCAAAAGAUAGGAAGAAGCAUAGCACAGGAGGAGAAGAGAAGAGAUCCAAUCCUUCCCCUUCGUCACUAUCUCACGAUGCCACUCCCUUUUACCCAGGGUUCAACCCACACCAUCACCAGUUCCCUCACCCACACCAUGUGCCACUAGGGAGGCCACACCUGCCUCAGCCACGCCCACCACCUCCUCAUCACAUCCUGCCCCCGUAUGAUUACCCUCCACCCCCUGGCCCUCACAUGCACUAUCACCCAAUCAGUGAGGAGGGUCCAUAUCCUGAUAGACAUUACGAGUCUGUCGUUAACAGGAAACACGUCAAGCAUAACAAGCAGUUUCAUUUACCGUUACCUGCCGGAGGGACCCCCCCUGGGGUUACACCUCCUCCUCCAUAUUACGGACCGGGUCCUUAUAGAGAGAUGACUCCGCCCCACAUGUAUGAUGAAAGAAUUAGGCCACACCCCCCAAUGGAUCAUUAUUAUGAUGAUUAUUAUCACGGAAUGAAGCAUAGAAAUGAAAUGGGGCGGGGUCCUCCCGGGGCUCCGCCUCCUGGUUGGAGACCAAAGAGGUCGUCAUUUGAGUCUCUGCCCAUUUCUCAUGUAAAACCACCUGGCCCUGACGAAUAUGAACAUGUACCACCAUACGAGGAACAACCUAUGAUGAGGAGUUCCUCUCGUUUCCAUGGUUACCAUCAUAUGGAUAAUAUUGACCCCGUCCCUCAUCAUGAUUCUUAUUCUAUUUCUCGUUUGAGAGACGGGGGCGUGGUCCCUUCAUACCCUGUUCAUCAUGAUGACGUGAAACUACUAGCUAACAAGAGAAUGGCUGAGGGGGGAGGGCCCAAGAUGGGAGGGGCCAACUCAGGUACAUCACUAUCUUUACUUUUGUCUCAGUCCUCAUCUAGUGGGUGGAGCUCCUCUCUAAACCGCGCCCCCGGGACAAUACCUUCUAAUAAUCAAUACUCGAAGAUACCCUCAACACAAUAUGGAGGAGAAAGAAACUGGAUGAUAGAUGAAAAUGAAAAAGACGUAUUGACAAGGUUUGGUCCUGAUUCUAGUGACACUAGCACUUGUCAGCGUCUCUGGUCCCUCAACUCUCCAUUGUCCAAUGCCCUGGAGGAGCAGCGGCUCCAAACAGCUACCCAACUAGCAGCUGCUCCCUCUCCUCCUCCUCCUCCUCUCUUCUCUUCAGGAGAUAAUUACGAUCCUUUUGACAACUCUCUGUCAAGCAUAUGGAGCUUUGGUAACCGUGGUAAUGCAAAUAGGGGAGGAGCGUUACUAUGGGAUACGGAAUCCGAUGACUAGUACAUGUACAUGUCAUCAACUGUGCAUUUUUCAUUUUAAUAACUGAUCAUUAAUAACUAGUUGAUUAACUAGUUAUUAAUAACUGAUUAUUGGUUUGUUCUAAUUGGACACGAUUUGAGAUUACUUGACAUUAUUAAUAGUUAUUAAUAGUUAUUAGUAGUUAUUAAUAAUCUACAUGUAAUAUUAUAAUGAUGAUAAUUAUAGCCUGUAGUUUUUAUCAUUAUUAUUAUUAUUAUUUUGGCAGACCUAUACUUUUGGUAUUGAGUCUUUCUCAUUCUUCUCUAGUUAUUAAUAGUUAUUAAGAGACACUCCAUUUUGUUUUUAUUGAAACGUGUGCUGGAGAGAAAUCAGUUAUUUUAAUUUAA